CGGCCGGUGGGGAUAGAAGGCGUGUGGGGGCGGAACGACCAGCGUGCCUUUCCCUUUACAUUUCUGCAAAACCCUUGCAACUCAACCUUUUUAUAUGAAAUUCGAUCCUCGAUUUGGUCAAAUUUGACGCAUCACCAAUUCAAUUCAAUUAAUUUCGCCCUAAAUUGACCUUUCGGUUCAUCGAUUCCUCGAUUUGUUGAACUACUAGCUCUGUCGAUUUGUUAAAUUUGUAGGGUAUCUGGAGCUCCCUAGAUUUUAUUCAAUGGUGGUGGUUUCGAGUGGCUUCGCUAACUCUGUUAUUCUUACUAAUUCCGAUUCCAAAAGCAUGAUAACCAGUCUUCUUUCUUCUUCUUCUUCAUCAUCUCGUUCGUUCCUUCAUUGUAAUCCGUCUUCUUCUUCUUUGGCGUAUGUUCCAUCUCAGCUUCGUAUAGACUUUGGUGUUAGGAAAUCGAUUUCCGAUAGGAGAUCAGCUCGUGUAAACCCUAGAUGCGAGGUAGUGUCGGAGCGAACCACCGAUGUUGAAUCUCUGUCGUCAGUGAAAUCAUCAAGUCGUUCUGCUCUUGAAGCUCUCAAGAUCUCUGCCGGAGACAGAUAUACAAAGGAAAGAAGCAGUGUUAUGGUGAUUGGACUUACUUUUCAUACAGCACCAGUUGAUAUCCGUGAGAAGCUCUCAAUUCCAGAGGCACAAUUGCCUCAAGCAAUCAGUGAGUUAUGUGCCUUGAACCAUAUAGAAGAAGCUGCUGUUCUUAGUACAUGCAACAGGAUGGAGAUAUAUGUUGUGGCUCUCUCCCAGCAUCGUGGUGUUAAAGAAGUGACUGAAUGGAUGUCCAAGGUUAGUGGUGUUUCUGUAUCAGAGAUAUCAAGACACCAAUUCUUGCUUUAUAACAAAGAUGCCACAAAACACUUGUUUGAAGUAUCUGCAGGGCUUGAUUCUCUUGUUCUAGGAGAAGGUCAAAUUCUCUCUCAGGUAAAGCAUGUUGUAAAGGUGGGACAAGGUGUUCCUGGGUUUGAUAGGAAGAUCAGUGGGCUGUUCAAGCAUGCAAUCAUAGUAGGGAAACGGGUCAGAACCGAGACCAAAAUCUCAUCUGGAUCAGUAUCCGUUAGUUCAGCUGCUGUAGAACUUGCCCAAAUGAAGAUCCCAGAAUCUUGUUAUGAUUCUGUGAAAGUAUUGGUAGUUGGAGCAGGAAAAAUGGGUAAACUUGUAAUUAAACAUUUGGUCGCGAAAGGGUGCACGAAAAUGGUGGUGGUCAAUAGAACAGAGGAUAAAGUCUCUGCUAUACGUGAAGAGUGUAAGAAUAUUGACAUUAUUUAUCGACCCUUUUCAGAAUUAAUCUCUUCUGCUUCAGAAUCUGAUGUUAUUUUCACCUGCACGGCUUCUGAAACACCAUUAUUCUUGAAAGAACAAGUCAAGAAUCUUCCUGUUUUGAGUUCACAAAGAAUGUUCAUAGAUAUAUCAGUUCCAAGAAACGUGGAAUCCUGUGUUUCAGAUCUUGAAACAGCCUGUGUGUACAAUGUUGAUGAUCUGAAAGAAGUGGUGGAAGCUAACAAAGAAGAUCGGGCACGUAAGGCAUUAGAAGCCCAAUCGAUUAUAUCACAAGAAGUUCAAGAAUUUGAAUCUUGGAAAGAUUCUUUAGAGACAGUGCCAACACUGAAGAAACUUAGGGCGUAUGCUGAAAGAAUCAGGGACAGUGAGUUUGAAAAAUGCAUGGAGAAAAUGGGAGAUUUAACAAAGAAACAAAAGGGGGCAGUUUAUGGUUUGAGUAAAGGUAUAGUAAACAAGCUUCUUGAGGGCCCAAUGCAACAUUUAAGAAGUGAUGAAAAUGAAGGGCGAUGUUUGGAUGAGAUACUUGAGAAUAUGCAUGCUUUAAACAGGAUCUUUGGACUUGAGACUGAAAUUUCUAUCUUAGAAGAAAAGAUUCGGUCAAAGAUGGAGAAGGCUAAAAACUAACUCUGGUUUGGUUUAGUAACCAUUCUUUGGUUCAAAUAUGAGUUUGUAUAAAGUUGUGGGCUAUUGGGGGUUAGUUGGGCAAGUCUGUAACUUUGGUUUUGGGUGUUACGGUGUUUGCGGAUGUGAGUGCAACUUUGAAGCCUAAGGGAACAAUUGGGGAAAAGAGGGUAAUGGUUUUUUCAUCGAGGAUUUUUGUUAUUAUUAAUUGUUAUAACUUCAUAUUACUUGUAUCACAUACUAAUUUACACAAU